CGCGGGGAGCGAGAGAGCGCGCAGCGAGCGAGGAGGCGGGCGGGAGGCGGAUCCUCCUACCUGGGGCGCGCUCGCUGCUCGCGGCUCGCUUGCCGGGCCCGAGUCACCUGGGGAGCCCGACAAGUGCGGACACAUUGGCCGCCGCAGCGCUCGGCGAGGCGCGCACGGCCCCAGGCGGCUGCGAGCACUGUCGUCCGUGGUGGCCCUGGGAGCCAACAUCAUAUGCAACAAGAUUCCUGGUUUGGCGCCGCGGCAGCGUGCCAUCUGCCAGAGCCGGCCCGAUGCCAUCAUCGUGAUCGGGGAGGGCGCACAGAUGGGCAUCAACGAGUGCCAGUACCAGUUCCGCUUCGGCCGCUGGAACUGCUCCGCCCUGGGCGAGAAGACCGUCUUCGGGCAAGAGCUCCGAGUAGGGAGCCGAGAGGCCGCCUUCACCUACGCCAUCACUGCAGCCGGCGUGGCGCACGCCGUCACGGCUGCCUGCAGCCAGGGCAACCUGAGCAACUGCGGCUGUGACCGGGAGAAGCAGGGCUACUACAACCAGGCCGAGGGCUGGAAGUGGGGCGGCUGCUCCGCCGACGUGCGCUACGGCAUCGACUUCUCCCGCCGCUUCGUGGACGCCCGCGAGAUCAAGAAGAACGCCCGGCGGCUGAUGAACCUGCACAACAACGAGGCCGGCCGCAAGGUUCUGGAGGACCGCAUGAAGCUGGAGUGCAAGUGUCACGGCGUGUCGGGCUCGUGCACCACCAAGACGUGCUGGACCACGCUGCCCAAGUUCCGAGAGGUGGGCCACCUGCUGAAGGAGAAGUACAACGCGGCCGUGCAGGUGGAGGUGGUGCGGGCCAGCCGGCUGCGGCAGCCCACCUUCCUACGCAUCAAGCAGCUGCGCAGCUACCAGAAGCCCAUGGAGACGGACCUGGUGUACAUCGAGAAGUCGCCCAACUACUGCGAGGAGGAUGCGGCAACGGGCAGCGUGGGCACGCAGGGCCGGCUGUGCAACCGCACCUCGCUGGGCGCCGACGGCUGCGACACCAUGUGCUGCGGCCGCGGCUACAACACGCACCAGUACACGAAGGUCUGGCAGUGCAACUGCAAGUUCCACUGGUGUUGCUACGUCAAGUGCAACACCUGCAGCGAGCGCACCGAGGUCUUCACCUGCAAGUGAGGCGCCUGCGCAGCCCGCCCAGGCCUGGCGCCCAGGGUCGGGGGUCCCGGGCCCGAUGGGGAGCCAGCAGCGAACCCUGAGGGUGCCUUUGUGCCCCAGACCACCGAGUGACAACCGGACUCUGAGGGUCCCCUCCCUGCCUGUCGGCUGGACAGAGAAAGGCCGCGUGGCCUGUCACACUCGAGACGGAUCCCCCGGCCCUGGGCCAGUGUGGACGGAGGUUGACGAGGUUAUUUAUGUUUUCUUAGCAUCAGAAGAGGAUUCUCGGCACUAACAAAUGCGUAGCCAGUCCUAACCCAUACUCCGUGUCCACCCGGCCCCCACUGCCCCUCUCCUGUCCCCUACUGUCCUGUCCUCUCCGCCCCUGAAGGUCCCAGGUGCCAGGGGUCAGCAGGGGAGGAACUCGGAGGACAGCCCGGCUUCCCUCCCUUUUGGAAAUCAUAUCACAAAAGUCAAAAUGUCACUUGUGCCAGGUUCCAGGAGUGCCUGGUCCCCUCCCUAGUCUUCACGCUCCUGGCUGGCCACUGGCCUGGCACCUGCAGUUUACAGAGUCCCUCCCACCCUGGAGCCAGCCUGACACCCAGGACGGCAAGGCUGGGCUGGGGCAUGGCCAGGAGCUCUAGUCCCACUUGACAGAUGGCAACACUGAGGCCCAGAGGGGCCUGAGCAGGGACUUGGGAGAGACCCUUCAGCUAUGAGUGGGUUCUCCUGCCUUGGUCCCUAGCCAGCCCGCUCCCAGGAUGUCCAGCAGCCGCAACCCAGGAGGCUUGGCUACUCCCUUUGCAGCUGCAGCCUCAGGGGCUGUACACCCUCUCAAUGCUGUCAAGGUUCCCAGAGCCCCGUCUUGGUCCUUCUGGUUGACCCCAAUGCCAGAAAAACUGGCAGGCAGGGAGAGGGGCGGCUGCCCACCUGCUGUCUAGGGACACCAACUCUCUAGACGUCUCCCCAAGUUGCGCAGGCUGUUCCUUCGCGGUCAGUUCCCCCCAAGCCUUACAGAUGGUGAUGGAAUGGGAGGCCCGGCUCAGGGCUGGGCAUGCCUUUCGGGGCUCCCACUCUGUCCCCAGGAGACAGACAUGGAGAGUGGGACCCGCCCGAGGCCAGUGAACCGCUCGAGGCCACCGCCAUUGAUCUCUGCACCUCCAAUGUGCCCAGCGGCCUGAACACUGGCCUGGGGCGAGUGACCCCGUGUGGGUGCUGGCCCUGAGUCCAGCCUAUGUCUGACAGUGCCGGGACACCCUGAUCCUCUGGGCUGCUGUGAAUGCCCCACCCCGGCCCCUGCCUCACCCCAGUCCCAGGAUACCCCGAGUCCACAGGCCGGCGUCCUCUGCCGAGGAGCCCGGGUAACUUAUACUGUUAUAUAGCGUCCAGAUGUCUAUAGUGUCUUUUAAGUUAUUGUGACCUACACUGGGUACCAGAGGGGAGGGGCGCGGCUGCGGCCAGGCCCCCAGCCAGGCUCCUCCUUCUGCUUGAAAUGGACCCUCGGGGCCGACGCCACCGGGGCCCUCGCACUGUCCCUGGGCCGCCAAGCACCCAGCCGAGCCUGCUGUCCCUCAAGGGGCCCAUCCCUGGGGUGGGGGCAGCACGGCCCAGGCGGGCACUGGCCGCCCAUGGCACAUGUGGGGCUGGAGGUGGCUGGGCACCAGGCAUCCUGGAAGCGCCCAUCUGACGACUGUGCUGCUGGCCUCCCCGGAGGGGAGCGCUUGGUCCCAAUAAAAGCUGGAAAUGGA